GAUCAGCAGACGAUCACCCUGUUUAUUAAUGGUUUUGGUGUGAUGAAAAGCAUGGUAUGAUUAUUGUGAAGGUUGGAAAAUUCAGCAGCUUAAUUAAGUAAAGUGGUAAUUAGACAUCAACUUUAAAUGGUAUUUACUCAGACGACAAAUAACAGAAGAGUAAGGAUUGAUUAAAAGAAUUUGCUGAAUUGAUGACUUAAAAUGUUGUUCAACAGCUUGGUUCGACUUGGAGGUGACUAUGUUUCAUUUGAUGGCCUACCCUCCAUAGUGAUGUUAUCUGUUGGUUUUAUUGUUGUUGCUCUGUCUUGCCUUUUCUUCUACAUUAGAAAUAUCAAAAAGAUUAUAUCAGUUAUUCGACCUGAACAUAGUUUUACAGAUAAAUCUGAGGCACCUGAGAUUAUCAUCAUUGGUUCUGGAGUUUUAGGGUCUUCAAUUGCUACUGUUCUGGCCAAAGAUGGUAGACGUGUUACUGUAAUUGAGAGAGAUAUGAAACAACCUGAUAGAAUUGUAGGAGAAUUAUUACAGCCAGGAGGAGUAAAAGCCUUGAUAAAACUGGGUUUGGGUGAAUGUCUUGAAGGAUUAGAUUCUCACCCAAUCAAAGGAUAUGUCAUACAUGAUUUAGAAACAGAGGCAAAAGUAACCGUUCCUUAUCCAAAAGAUCAGGAUACAGAUGAAAUAAUACAAGGUCGAGCAUUCCACCAUGGUAGAUUUAUCAUGGCCCUUAGAAAAAAGGCACAAGAACAGGAAAAUGUCACAUAUAUUGAAGCCACUGCAAGUAAACUGAUAGAAGACAAAGGUGUUAUUGUAGGUGUUCAGUACAGAGAAAAAAUGUCAGAAUCAGCAAAGGAAAUCUAUGCUCCAUUAACAAUUGUGGUAGACGGAUGUUUCUCCAAGUUCAGAAAACAACUAGUCAAAGAAAAGGUGGAGAUUUAUUCUCAUUUUGUUGGAACAUUGAUGGUGGAUUGUCCCCAGACUUUAUUGAACCACGCUGAGCUAAUCUUAGCUAAACCUAGUCCAGUUUUAAUAUAUCAAAUAUCAUCUAAAGACACAAGAGUAUUAGUUGAUGUAAGGGGAACAGUGGAAGGAAAUAUGAGAGAAUAUAUGUUACACCAAAUAGCACCCCAAUUACCAGAUCAUAUAAAAGAGCCAUUUAUUGAUGGUGUUAUUGAUGGACGCCUUCGAACAAUGCCAAACAGUUUUCUACCUCCAAGUCCCAUAGAAAAACCAGGUGUAUUGGUUAUUGGUGAUGCUCUUAACAUGAGGCAUCCUUUGACUGGAGGGGGUAUGUCUGUAGCACUUAACGAUGCUGUUAUGUGGAGAAACCUUCUCAAGUCGAUACCAGAUCUCACAAAUUAUGAAGCCUUAAUCAAAGCCUCCCGUGUCUUCCAAUUAAGAAGAAAACAUAAUCAUUCCUUUGUUGUAAAUGUGUUAGCCCAGGCUUUGUAUGAGUUAUUUGCAGCGAGUGAUGUCCAUUUACAUAAUUUAAAGAGAGCUUGUUUUGAAUAUUUUAAACUUGGUGGUGAAUGUGUGUCCGGUCCUGUGGGUCUUCUUUCUGUAAUGACACCCAAGCCUCAUCUUCUAAUUGGACAUUUCUUUGCUGUAGCAUUGUAUGCUGUGUUAUCAGUAUUCCGUAGUGAACCUAUUUGGGCCUUACAUCGUGUUGUGUAUCGUUCUUUUAUGAUUUUCUAUAAAGCAUGUGGUGUUAUUUUUCCUUUAAUGUGGUCAGAACUGAAAGGAUUGAUAUAAAAAACCAUCACAUUUCACAUUUUUUUUUUAUAAAUGUUUUUUUUUUAUAAGAUAUUUUUUUUACAGUGGUGUAUACAAAAUUAUAAGAGAAGAACUUUAUAUAUAAUUUAAAUUAUAUGAAAAUUUUUAUUGACGUUUUUGUGUAAAGACACUCACUCACACCAUUUUACCUGUGGAAGAAAAGUUAAAUAAUAUAUUUGUGUCUGACCAAGUAUUUUACAAGAAACAUAUGAUUUUAACUUUAUCAUAGUGAAUGAUCCAUUUUCUCUGUUAUCACACACAAAUUACAACUAGAACUGCGAGGUGAUACUGAUGUGUUUCGCUCCCUCUAGCACCAAACAGGAACAAUACCACGUCACAUGUGAUCCAAUUAAGCCAUGUUUGGUAACGUCAUAUCCCGUCCACAAGCCUUCGUGCAUGCACAGGGGGAUGGAACUCAGUCGGUGGAGUGCUGGACUUGUAGGUCAGGGGUUCGAAUCCCAACGAGGACAAACUCAGAAUUGUUUUCUCUAUAUAUAUAAUGUAACAGUUAUAAUUUAUACUUCCGUCUGUGCGUACUACACAAUUGGUUAAGAAUAGUGGAUGAUAGAAACUUUCAAAGUUUUAUCACUAUAAAGCUAUACCGCCGCUACCCAAAAACUAUCGAACCAGUUUCUAUAAGUAAGUAGGCUGAAACUUCCAAUUAGUGUUAUCUAUAUAGUACUCCUGAGUGAUUUUACCAGUACAAGGCUUUCAGGUUGCAGUUCUGUUAUUUAGAAGGAAUGGAAACUUUGCUAAAGAGACAGACUGGUCAAUCGGUAUUACCAACCCUUUUUAAACAAGGAUGAUUACAAGAUAAUAUGACCUACAUGCCAACUGUCAAAACAUUUAUUUAUACAUUUAUACAUAAUGGAAACAAUAUGUACCAUUUUGCGAUUUUGAAGGCAUCGACAGGCCCUAAUUCCUACCAAGUUUCAACCUGAUACCUGAAAUUGGGAGAGAGAUAAGCCAUCUUGAAUGUGGAAAAAAUGCUUUGAUUCUAAAACUAAGCUAUCAAACAUCCUAAUUCCAAAAAAACAUCAUUUAGACUUAGAGCCCCUAUAGUAUUUGUCCAACUCCAAAGCACCCAAAAAUGAAAAAAUGAAAACCCAACAACAAUCCGUUUAGAAAUAAUCGAAAUAAUGGCAGUUUUUGUCCUCUCCAUAAAACUAUUGCCAUUUGUCAAAAAUGACCCAAUUAAUAUUUAAUAAACAGUUCCGUGGAGGCCAAUAAUGGUAAUUUUUUUCCUAUAUAUAAAACUAUUCUCGUUUGUCAAAAAGACCCAAUUUAUAGUUCCAUGGAGGCCAAUAAAAUCUGUGUGGCAAAUUGUUUGCACCAUGCACAGUUUUGGCUGCAACUUCUGACUUCUGUAUUGUCUGUAAUCACUGCUACUUAAUUUUCACAUAACCCUACUGGUGGCUUCACUAAUCCUUAGUUGAUUAGUUCCUCUGUAGAUUAUUACCCUCUUGAGUCCAUGUCCUUUGAUCUUGUUGUUGUCGUGUAUUACUAUUAGCUUGAUAACUUGAGAGAAUACUUUUUGAAACAUUGUCUCAAUAAAUUAGUAGCUGUUUUUCCAUGAGUAUGUUUUAUUGUUUGUUGCUCUAUCCAGUUACUAAAUGCCUCUAAAAGAUUACAAUUUAUCUUUAAAGUUACAAUUUCAUAUUUUCUAAGAAAGUCAAAACAUAAUUAUUUUUAUGUCUUUUGCUCAAUAGGUUGUCAACUCACUAUUAUACGAUCAUAGGUGUCAUUCUCACACUUAAAAAUCAAAACACCGGAAAUAGUAACACAAUUACCUCCCUUGUUUUCCUAUUCCCCACCAUGGUAUAGCUAUCUACAAACGUUUGAAUUUAAAGUUGAAAAUGAUAUUUUUGCCAUUUUCUCAACUGGCAAUAGUGAAUUAUAGGAUAAAUAGUAUUAUUCUUUAACAAGGUAGGACUGUUUAUAGAUACCAUCUAUUUUAGGGCUUUAUUUUAAUACAUUUUAAAAAUAUAACUUAAAAAUAUGAAAUUGUAACUUUAAAAAAAUAGUUCCAUAGAGGCUAAUAAAUCCUGUGAUGGCAGAUUUUUUCCACCAUGCACAGUUUUGGCUGCAACUUCUGAUUAAAAUCCUUAAAAAAAAAAGAAGCAAUAAAACGUAUUUUGCAAGGAAGGUACCAAAACACUUAAAAAUAAGGUAGUGAAGGAUUUUAUCAAGUUAAUUUUCAUCUUGAUUACAAUGUUGACAUAAAAAAGUAUUUCAAAAUCUUAUUUUUUCUGUUUUAAAUCUUUUUAACAUAUAGAUAUUCCUGAAUAUUGAAAAUUGAAUGUUGUUAUAACAAGGUUCUGUUGAUAUUUUUAGAUACAUAUAUAUUUAUGAAUUAAAUGUCAUUGUUAUAGUUA